GCCCCGCCCGCCUUGCUCGGAAGACUUGGAGGCCAAGGCCGGGAGAGGCCCAGGCUCCUCUUGGCGGGGCGGGGCGCGCCGUGGCCCCUUCGCAGCCGGCUUCUCGCCCUCCGGAACCCGCGCACCGGCUUGCGCCCCAGCGAAGCGUUCCCGGUGUCCGGCUGGGAGCGGCCGCUUAAUGGUUUAACCGCCCGCUCGGGCCCGCGGGGCUUGGGGAUCGGCCGGCUCCACCCCCUCCCUGGAGCGCCCCCCAGCCAGAGCUACCGAACUGCCCCGCAGACCCCGGGUGCGUCCGCAGGAGCUGCUCUCCUGCUUGCUGGGGGACCCUGGCCGCCGCGGCCCCGUGAGCCCACGCGAUUGCUGACCCCGGACCCAUCUGCUCGCUGGGGAGGACCGCCUCCCUUCCCGUGCAGCAAGAUGCCCAUCCUCAAGCAGCUGGUGUCGAGCUCCGUGCACUCCAAGCGCCGCUCCCGCGUGGACCUCACGGCUGAGAUGAUCAGCGCCCCACUGGGCGACUUCCGCCACACCAUGCACGUGGGCCGGGCUGGGGACGCCUUUGGUGAUACCUCCUUCCUCAACAGCAAGACGGGUGAGCCAGAUGGGGAGUCCCUGGACGAACAGGCCUCCUCCUCCUCGACGUCUUCCAAGCGCAGCCUCCUGUCGCGGAAAUUCCGUGGCAGCAAGCGGUCCCAGUCGGUGACCCGAGGAGACCGGGAGCAGAGGGACAUGCUGGGCUCCCUGCGGGACUCAGCCCUCUUCGUCAAGAACGCCAUGUCCCUGCCCCAGCUCAAUGAGAAGGAGGCAGCUGAGAAGGGCUCUGGCAAACUGCCCAAGAGCCUCUCAUCCAGCCCUGUGAAAAAGGCGCUCGCUGGGGAGGGCUGUGCGGAGGAGGAAGAGGAGGUAGACACCGGGGAAGGGGGUCUCCGGCGGAACGGGGCCACUGGCCCGACCUCCCCUGACCCCCUGCUGGACGAGCAGGCCUUCGGGGACCUCACCGAUCUGCCUGUGGUGCCCAAGGCCAGCUACGGGCUGAAGCACGCAGAGUCCAUCAUGUCGUUCCACAUCGACCUGGGGCCCUCCAUGCUGGGCGACGUCCUGAGCAUCAUGGACAAAGAGGAGUGGGACCCAGAAGAGGAAGAGGAUGGCGGUUACCGUGACGACGAUGAGGGCCCCGGCAGUGUCAGCCGGGCCCUGGCCUCAGCCGCAGCAGCCCCUGCCUUGGUGAGGCAGGAAGGAGACAAAGCUGGCCCGGAUGUGCCCUCCCACACUCUGCAGGAUGAGGGCUGGGCAGUGGCGGCAGCGGCCCCCAGCCCUGGCUCGGCCCGCAGCGUGGGCAGCCACACCACAAGGGACAGCAGCUCCCUCUCCAGCUGCACCUCGGGCAUCCUGGAGGAGCGAAGCCCUGCCUUCCGGGGCCCCGAUCGAGCCCGGGUCACUCUGCCCAGGCAGCCGGACAAGGAGUUCUCCUUCAUGGAUGAGGAGGAGGAAGAGGAUGAGAUCCGUGUGUGAGACUGGGCUGGGGAGGGCGACAGGUGGCUGCUGUGCCCCUCAGCUGUGUCUUCUCCCCAGCUGCGUCCCCUGCCACCUCUGACCUUACGUGCAUGGACAGCCAAGAACCUGGCUUUGGACCACAGGCCCUGGACCUCAUGAAGGAGGGAGCAGCAGCAGCAGCAGC